AUGACAGAGAAUGGUCAUCAAUCAAAGGCUCUUAGAAUCAAAGCAUGCGGCGAUGAAUAUUAUUUAGCCAGGUAUAAUAAUUAUACUUUUGUUCAAGAUCAGUCACGACGACGAAGAUUACGACGACACCUUUUACGUAAGUUGCGAAAAUUAGUCGAGGAGUUUGCGGUCUGCGUUGGACAACAAGUAGUCUUGAUCGAUUAUUAUAAUAAUCAUUGCACUUCUUCUACUGCCAAUGAACACAGAGAGAAAUUUCAUGUCUACGGUGCUCAACCUUUGAAAUGCAUUAUAGAAAAUUUAGCUCCCUGGGUUAUGAAUGAUUUACAGAAUUGUUUAAAACAAUUACCCAAUAAUUCUCCGAUAUCGCCAUCAUACGACCAAGCUCAUGGCAUACAGGGUGCAAAAUCUGAUUUACCGAUCAUUAGUAUCACUGAAAUGAAGCAAACAGAAUUACGCUCAUUUAUACCUGUGAUAAUCAAAUAUACAACUGGACGUCGUAAGAUAGGCUGGGGCUGUAAAGAUGCAAAACCUCACUGGUGGCCACCUGAUAUUCCUUGGAGAAAUAUCAAGAGUGAUCAUCGAGAUGAUUUUCAGAAAACUAAAGUACCGUGGACCGAGGCCCUGCGUAAUAUUGUAUCAAAUUGUUAUCGAUACUAUUAUCGUGAAGAUUUACUCCAUUAUUUAGCGAAAGAUGCAAAUAAUGCUGAUCAAAAUCAAAAUUUACUCAAUAAUUCAGCGAAUGAUGCUAAUGAUGCCGAUCAAAAUCAAAAUCAUUCUCUCUAUGUCGAUAACUCGCAGACCGAUACUUCUGUCCAUGUCCUACCAAUAGCUGAAAAAUGUCUACAAACAAGUUAUGAAAUAACCAACGCAAAUCUUCCGAAUCAAGACAAAUCCCAUAAAUAUCAUCCAAGUCGAUCGAUCAUGAAAGAAUUCAAACUCGAUCAAUUAAGGGAUGGGGAUCAUCAAGCAAUACAUAGGAUCGCUAUUGACCCUGAAGGAGAUCAUGAUAUCAUCCUUGUUCAGCAUUUGAAUCGAAAUAGGUUUGGUAAUAUUAUUUCACUUCGUCGAACAUUUAAUGUGUAA